AUGGUGCUCGCCCGUCGACACGACAAGCGGCGCGGCAACGAGAGCGAUGCGCUCCCAGUGGCCAGUACCAACGUAUCUAUUGGCGCGAACAAGGGCGUGCGGUCGCUCAGUGGCGCGCGUUCCGGGCGCUUUGCUGCGGACAUGCGCGCGCACGUCGGAGGCUACGGCCGCGCCGAUCAGACGUGGGGGGUGGACCAUCCAUGGCACUCGAGCGGGGGAGGCGCGUUGUUUGCGCAAUUGUGUGCCAAAGACCAUAUGGAAGAGGGUGUAAGCGAAGGAGAUGGCGACGCUGAGGAUCAGAUGAAGGAGACGCCUGGGCGUGGCCUCAGUCGGGCGCAGCUGAAGAAGCGCAAGGCGAAGCUCCAGAAAACGGGGUUAUCGGCGCAAGAGGCGGCGGCGAAGGCGCUGGAGGAGGCGAAAGAAGCGGCGCAACGACGCAACGACGAGGAGCUGCGACGGCUGGAGCAGGUGAAGAAGGAGCGGCAGGACGCUGCGCUGCGGAAGAAGCAGAAGAAGCAGCAGGAAAAGUCCACGUUGGCGACAAAACUAGUGGACGAGAAGGAGGUCGAGGCGAAGCGAGCGGAGAAACGCAAAGUGGAGAAGCAAAAGAAAAAGGACGAGCGACAGAGAGUCGUUGAGCAGACGGAGCAGCAGCGGCAGGUGGAGCUGGAGGCGAUCAAGACGCGCGAGACACUGGCGGGUGUCUAUGAGAAGGUCGUUGGUAGUGAAGUUACGACCAAGAGUGGCUUGGUCUUGCAGGAUCAGCGCAUUGGCAAGGGGAAGCUGCCAUCUUGUGGCGACAUGCUUACGGUCAAGUACCGUGGGCGACUUGGACGCGACGGACUAGUGUUUGGCAAAGGCAUGCUCACGACGACGUUUGGCACAGGGUCGGUCAUUGCUGGAUGGGAAGAAGGUAUGGCAACGAUGCGUCCCGGCGGUGUACGGUUAUUAACGAUCCCGCCUGAGCUGGGCUACGGAGAAAGCGGGAAGGGCGACAAGAUCCCGCGCAACUCGACGCUGUUUUUCGAAGUGGAUCUCGUGCGCAUUGGCAAGCGGAAACGCGAGGCCAUUGACGAGAGCGACAUCCCGCUGCCCAAUGCGUUCCAGCGCAAGCGUAUCAAGCAGACAUCAGGCAAACAGUGCGACGAGAAGGAGAACGACGGGGACGGGAAGCUGUCCAAGAGCCAACAGAAGCGAAGACGCCGGAAUCGGAUCAAGAACCAGAGUGAGGCAGUUGCUACUUGA